GAGAUGGAUGAAACCAGUGCUGGUCAGCGAGUGUUGAGUAAGCAGUCCCUGGUCAGCAGGAGAAGGCUGCUAAAGAAGAUGCUGUAUUUGGAGCUCUUCCUAAGGAACGAUGUGUUUAAAGUUCAUCGGUCACCUUUGCCUUAUACCCUACAAGAACUCCUUGCCUCUCUCCAUCACCUGCCAAGAUGACUCUGGGGAUGAAGAGCCAAGUACACAGUCUGAUAAGAGUCAGUUACACAGCUCUCUGAAAGCUCUGACUAGUAAGUUGAAUGACCUCAGCACUUGCAAUGAACUCAUCGCUAAGCAUGGCGCCGCCCUCCAGCGCUCCCUGAGUGAGCUGGAGAAUCUCAAACUGCCUGCAGAGAGUGGGGAGAAGAUUAAGUCUGUGAAUGAGCGGGCCACCCUCUUCAGGAUCACUUCUAAUGCAAUGAUCAAUGCAUGCCGAGAUUUUUUGGAUUUAGCUGAAACCCAUAGUCGUAAAUGGCACCGUUCUUUACAGUAUGAGCGUGAACAGAGAGUACGAUUGGAAGAGACUAUUGAGCAGCUAGCAAAGCAGCAUAAUAGUUUGGAAGGGGCCUGUUGGGAAGUCCCAGGUCUCACCUCCAACACAACUGGAGUUCCCAACACUCCAAAAGGGAAUGUCCAGGCUAUAAAAGGAGAAGCCACUGAAGAAGAUGAAGAGACAGAGUACUUUGAUGCCAUGGAGGAUGCACCAGCUUUUAUCACAGUAACAGCUGACCCUAAACAGCACAGGCGUUCUGGGAGCAACCUAAGCAGUGCUAGUGGAGGCCUCCCAGAUGACUGGCAUCUUGAAGAUUCAUUUCAUAGUUCCCAGGAAAGUAAUCAUGAAUCUAAGCACAAGGAACUUAUACCUAAGAAAAGGAGAAGAUCACGUAUCCCUGACAAACCAAACUACAGCCUUAAUCUCUGGAGUAUAAUGAAGAACUGCAUUGGCAAAGAAUUAUCUAAAAUCCCUAUGCCUGUGAAUUUUAAUGAGCCCCUAUCUAUGCUCCAGAGGCUUACAGAAGACUUGGAGUACCACGCAUUGUUGGAUAAAGCAGCGAAAUGUGAAAGCUCUAUUGAACAGAUGUGUUAUAUUGCCGCAUUUUCUGUGUCUUCCUAUUCCACCACAGUCCACCGGACAGCAAAACCAUUUAAUCCACUGCUAGGAGAAACCUUUGAACUUGACCGACUAGAUGAUUUAGGAUUUAGGUCCAUAUGUGAACAGGUUAGUCAUCAUCCACCUGCUGCUGCCCAUUAUGUACACUCCAAAAAUGGAUGGAAAUUGUGGCAGGAAAUCACGAUUGCAAGCAAAUUCAGGGGAAAAUACCUCUCCAUCAUGCCACUGGGGGACAUCCAUCUGGAGUUCCAUUCAAGUGGGAAUCACUAUGUGUGGAGAAAGGUCACCUCUACUGUGCACAAUAUCAUCGUUGGGAAGCUCUGGAUAGACCAGUCUGGAGAUAUAGAGAUCAUCAACUAUAAGACGAAGGACAAAUGCCAAAUGAAAUUCAGCCCUUAUAGUUACUUCUCCAGGGAUGUUGCUAGAAAGGUCACAGGAGUGGUGACAGAUGCAAAUGAAAAAGCACAUUAUGUUCUAUCAGGCACCUGGGAUGAAAAAAUGGAAUGUGCAAAGAUUGUACAGAGCAACCAUGGGAAUAGCAGUGCAGAAGGCAAACAGAAGACAGUGUACCAGACCCUCCUUCCAAAGCUGCUCUGGAAGAAAUAUCCUUUGCCAGAGAAUGCAGAGAACAUGUAUUUUUUUUCGGAAUUUGCAUUAACACUGAACGAAUUUGAUGAGACUAUCGCACCCACGGAUAGCAGGAAUCGGCCAGACCAGCGAUUGAUGGAGAACGGCAGAUGGGAUGAAGCUAAUGUAGAGAAACAAAGACUCGAGGAGAAACAGAGAGAUGUGCGCAGGAUAAGGGAAGCUGAAGCUGUCGAUGCAUUAGAAGAAGGUAAUGACUACGAAGGAUACCAGCCACUGUGGUUCGAGAGGAAAGUUGACCCAUAUACCGGUGAACUAAUUUGCAAUUACAAAGGUGGUUAUUGGGAGUGCAAAGAAAGUCAAGACUGGGCUUGCUGCCCUGACAUCUUCUGACCCAGUGUGAGCUGUAGAGCUGACGAUCCACCCCCCCCCCAAGCAGUGCUCAUAAAGGAUGCACAGGAGGCUAAAGGCUUACAGCUCUGGUGAAGAAGGGACACAAACCUGAAAAUAACCAGAGUAAUAGAAACACCUGCCAGAAUCAUCUAGAAUGGAGAUAGCAGGGAUCUAACGCAUAUUUUCUAAUGAUAAAGCUUUUUUGGUUUACUACAGUGACAUUUUUUAGCAACUAAUAAGGACUUGGGGAAAAUGAAGAUUAUUUAUUUUAUUGUUAAUGUUUCAUUUGACAUUUGCGUUUUUAUAAUUGCCUCUUUCUGCCUUUUUCAAGGUCUGGAUCCUCUAAUGUACAAUUCAGUAUUUUGAGGAAAAUAGAGGAAUUGAAAGCACUUUUAGAAAUGUGUAUUCAUGGACAUUAUCUAUGUCUAUAUUCUCAUUAAAAGUCAUAAGAUGUGAAUUAAAAGGGCAGUAACAAGUGGCAAACAGAUGGAUCUCCUGGGCACUGUAUCAUGAUUGCAAAGGAUCACAUGACAGGGAUGCCAAACCUGCAGCUCGUAGGAUUUUGAUGAACUACACUUCUCCUCUCCUCCAACAGCAAAGCUCACAAUUGUAGUUUAACAAUCUUUGAAGAGCUGCAGCCUGACAACCAUUUUUUUUCUAAUUGACUUAUGCACUUUUGAUAAAAUAUUUCCAAAGAUGUCGUGCCGCUGUCCAUUAAAGAGCCAGUAACACCAAAACAAUGAAAGGGCUUUAUAUACAUUUGAAGGAGAACCAGUGAUGCUAUUCGCUAACCUGCACCCCAGGUUGGUGGGUUUUGUCUUCAAAAACUACACUGGCCUGGGGAUACUUUAGAGCAAAGUGUGCAGCCACCAUCUUUUACUCCAUUCUUAACCUAAGCCUACUAGAGCUGUGAGUUUAUGCUCUUCAGAAAUCAGAGAAGUUGUUUUGUAUUGUGCAUUAGCGCAAUGGCAGGGACCACCAGGGAAAGAAGAAAAAUUUCAUUCCUCCCAACAUUUGAAAAAGAGGGAAAAAAACAUCAGCAUAAAAUUAUUUUGACCACGUCCAUUUUGUGACCACACUCCCUAAUUACCAUCUCUAUUUUACAAAAUUUUGGCCAGUUAUGAAAGAAUGAACACAUUUUUAAGGCAGUGUUUUAUGUGUUAUAGCAGUUUUGGUAAUGAAGGUGAAAUUGCCCUUUAAGCUGUGAGUCAGUUUCCCCAAGAGACCUGCUUAUCAGUUACAAUUGUUUCUUUGUAUCUUAAAUUGUUACAAAUGUAUUUAAGACCAGUGUUUUGGGCUCUUUCUGCCAAAAAGCUUAUUUUUUUAAUUAAGUUUCAGAAACGUUUAUAUCUUUUUCUUGAGUCAGUGCAGGAGAUCAAAGAGAA